AUGGUGUGGAAUAUAUAUUACAUAUCCCUGGUGUUAUUUUCAGCAUCCUUGAUUCAGCAAGCUUCUUCUCAAGAUUUAUCAAGCUGUGCAGGGAGAUGUGGGGAAGGGUAUUCUAGAGAUGCUCCCUGCCAUUGUGAUUAUAGCUGUCUACACUACAUGGAGUGCUGCCACGAUUACAAGAGAUUCUGCACAGAGGAACUCUCCUGUAAAGGACGCUGCUUUGAAACUUUUGUAAGAGGGAGAGAAUGUGACUGUGACGCAGACUGCGAAAAAUUUGGGAAAUGCUGUCCAGACUAUCAGAAACAUUGUGAAGAAGCACUUACUACGAAAUCAUCAUCAUCCAGAACAGCUCCUUUGGUCACCAAAACAACAGCCAAACGGUCAUCUAAAAAUUCAGAGAAGAGGAAGCCAAAGAAAGUAGUACAAUCCCAUGAAGUUAUGGAAGAACGUUCAGAAUCUGAGAAACAGAAAUCUUCUUCCUCAUCGUCUUCCUUGUUGUCAUCCACAACAAUUCGGAAAACAAAGGCUUCAGCAAGAAACCCCAGUGAAAAAAACCAAACAAAUAAAAUUAAAAACAAAAACAAUAGAAAAGUGAAGGAUACCAUGAAAGAGCAAGAUUCAAAAAACAGAAGAACUUCAUCCAGGACUUCUACAUCUGAUGAAAUAAGAGAGAUUUCUGAGGAGAUUGGCAGUGGAUUGGACAAUGUGGCUACCAGGCCUGCUCCUACUGCAAAGCGCCCUGACAGAAAAAUUUCAAGACAAGGAAAUAAAGGUACAACAGCAGCUCCUUUGUCAGAAGAAAGUUUUAGCCAGACCCCUGCCUCCCAGCCAGAUCAAGUUACUAUGCCCUUCAAAAUGAAUACUACAAAGACAUUAAGUCCGAAGACCAACAUGCAACUUACUACUACAAGUAUGGCUAAGAUCUCAGCAUUAACUAAUUCAGCUCAUUUCACUAAAGCUAAAGACACAAGUACUACAGCUAUGAAAAAUGCCACAACUACUACAGCUAAAGGGAUGACCACAGCUAAGAGAGACAAAACUACUGUAGUGAUAGAGACAACAACAUCAUCUAAGAAAUACACUACAAAAACAGCUGAAGAGCCAACAGCUAAAAGUGACACAACUACUGUAGCUAUGAAGAUAACAACAGCUAAAACAGACAUGACUACAGCAGCUAGGAAAGCAACAACAGCUAAAAGUGACAGAACUAGUGCUGCUAAAAUGGCAAUGACAACAGGUAAAAGAAUCACACCCACAACAGUCAUAGAGAAGACAACAACAGAUAAAAAUGAUAUGACUACUGCAGCUAAAGAGACUAAAAUAACAACAGAAAAGCAAGGCACCACGACAGAUAAAACAAUACGCAGAAAAGACACAACUACUCUAGCUAAAGAUACUGUAAUGACAACAGAUGAAAGAGACCUAACUACUCUGGGCAAAGAGACUGUAACAACAACAGAAAAGAAAGACACAACAACUGCAACAGCUGGAGAAACAAUAACCACAACAGAUAAAAAAGUCACAACUAUUGCUGAGAGAGAGACUGUAACACCUAAAACAGUCACAGCUGCAGCUAAAUUCACUAUAAAAACAACAGAUAAAAAAGACACAACCACUGCAAAUGAUGAGAUUAUACUAACUCCAGAUGAAAAAGACUUAACUAAAAAAGACACAUCUUCUGCAGUGAGGAAGACUGUAACAAGAGCACCUAGAACAGACACAACUGCAGAAAUUCAAGACACUGGAACAGCAGCAGGCAAAAAAGAUACAACUACUGUGGACAAAGAAAACAUGCCAACAGAUGAAAGAGACAAAACAACCACAGGUAAAAAAGACACAACGACCAUGGACACAGAGAUUGUGAUGACUACAGCGGAAAGAGACACAACAGAUAAAAAAGACACAAUUACUGCAGAGAGAGAGACUGUAACAACAACAGCUAAAACAGCCACAACUGCUGCAGCUAAAGACACUGUAACAUCAGCAGCUAAAAAAGACACAACUACAGCAGGUGAAGAGAUUAUAUUGAGUCCAGAUGAAAAAUACUUAACAACUAAAAAAGACACAACUACUGCAUAUAGAGAGAUUGUAACAUCGGCUACAACAGCCACAACUGCAGCUGCUAGGGAGACUGUAACAAGAGCACCUCAAACAGACACAACUACAGAAACUAAAGAUACUCUAGCCACCACAGGUAAAAAAGACACAACUACCGUGGACAAAGAGACUGUAAUGACAAUAGAUGAAAAAGACAAAACAGCAGAUAAAAAAGACAUAACUACUAUAGCUACAGUCAAUAUAAUAACAACAGAUGAAAAAGACACAAUAGAUAAAGCCACAACUACUGCAUCCAGAGCUACUGCAGCUAAAAAAUCUGUAAUGACAACAGCUAAACUGGACACAACAGCAGCAGCUAAAAAGACACAAACUACCACUAAACAGACACCUAUUGCUGCUGAAGUAACAACUGUGGCUAUAGAACUGACAACUGCAGAUAAAGAAGAGACUGUAGAUAACAGACAGAAAACUACAGCUACCGAAGAAACAACAACUGAAGAGAAAAAAGAGUUAACUACUGUUAUCAAAGAGAGAACUACAGAGGACUCAAAGGGCAUGACUACUGCAGCCAAAGAAAAAAUCAUGAAUGAAAAAAAAGAGAUAAAUACUGUUCUCCAAGAGACAACUACAAGUGAUACAACAGAAAUAACUGCUGCUGAUAAAGAGAUAACUAUAGCUGAUAAAAGAGAGAUAACCACUGUUACCAGAGAGACAACAAUGGCAAAUAAAAAAGAAACAGAUGCGGUCACUAGAGACACCUCUACUACCAAUAAAAAAGAGGUAACAACUGCUACCAAAGAGACAGGUACAGUGGAUAAAAAAGAAAAAGCUUCUGAUGAUAAACAGGCAACUACAACAGGUAAAAUAGACACAACUGCCAGUACUGUCACUAAAGAAACACUGACUGUCUCUGAAGAGGUGUCCACUACAGCUAAAGGCUCCCAGGAAAGACCUGUGUCACCAACAGAAGAUAAACCUGGUACCACUGUCACUCAAAUCGCACCAGUAAAAGCGACUGCCAAACCCACCAUUGAACCUGAAAAAAACACUAAGUCUGCGAUACAAAUUACUGCUACUCCACCCAUAAACCUUUCUACCUCUCAACCUAAAGACCUCCCUGAAACAAAAGUCCAUUUUGAAACCACAAAAGAAACUUCUACUGUUACUAAAAGAUCUACAGCAACUUCCAUUUCCAAGGAGACUACUGAAACCAAAGACAUCUCUGAAAAUACAUACACUACAAAUACAACCACCCAGGAAAUCACAACACAGUUUCCAACUGAAAAAUUACAAACUUCCAAGAUCAUCAUCAGUCCUUCUUUGGCUCAGAAACCAGCUACCCACCCAGUCACUCCUGAGCAGGAGAAACAUAUAGAUAAUUCAAGCCCCACUGCAAUUAAUCCAAUGACUCUUCCAGACAGUAAUUUCCCUCGCAGAAACACAGAAAACCCUAAAGAAACUCCUUUCACACAUUUCCCCACUAAAACAUACUCAUCAAUAUCUUAUUCAACUAAAGCUCCUGAAAGAAGCCCCACUAUACACACAGACUCCAAACUGCAGGACGAGAACAACACAACUUACAAAGAUGAACAAGAUAAGAAUUUGUGUAACGGAAAGCCAGCAGAUGGAAUAGUUGCUUUACCAAAUGGAACAUUAGCUGUAUUCCGAGGUCAUUACUACUGGCUGCUGGAUUCAGCUAGGCAGCCAACAGUGUCCCCUCGUAAAAUCACUGAGGGUUGGGGUAUUCCAUCCCCCAUCGAUACUGUCUUUUCCAGAUGCAACUGUGAUGGCAAAACCUUCUUCUUUAAGGGUUCCCAAUACUGGCGUUUCACUAACGAUGCGAAGGAUGUGGGAUAUCCCAAACAAAUUGCAAAAGGAUUUGCAGGACUAAGUGGGAAAAUAGUAGCCGUUCUUUCAGUAGCACAACACAACAAAAGGCCAGAAUCUGUGUAUUUUUUCAAGAGAGGUGGCAGCGUUCAACAUUAUAUCUACAAUCAAGAACCAGCCAAAAAGUGCAAAAAGAAAGUAUAUGUUAGAUACCCAGCUUACACACCCAGAGCUGUGAUCAAGAGGAAACGCUUUGAACGUGCAAUAAGAUCAGCAAUUGUGUACCACACACCAGUCAUGUACCACACUCUCAGAAUCAACCAUAAUCCAUCUGGAAUAUUACAUCAUGAGGUUAAAAUAAAUUCUUACUGGAGAGGAUUUCCAAAAGUAGUUCACUCAGCUAUAUCAAUACCUAACUACCAAAGGCCAGAUGACUAUGAUUACUAUGUUUUCUCUAAAGAUCAGUACUACAACGUGAAUGUGGCCAGCAGAAUAGCAAGAUCAGUUACCUCUCAGACUGGGCAGACAGUAUCCAAGGACUGGUAUAAGUGUCCUAAAGAUGAUUUGUAA